UCUGGGCAGCGGAGGAGGGUGGUUGGCAGCGGCUGGAGGCUUCGCUAUGGGAAGUUGUUCCUUCGCUCUCUCGCGCCCAGCCCUCCUCCCUGGUUCUCCGCAGCCGCUGUCGGAGGAGAGCACGGGGAGGCGCGGGUUGCAGCCGCGGCUGCUUCUCCCCUCCCGGGCAGCCGCGCAGCUGGGCAGGUGCUGAGCGCCCCCGGAGCCUCCCUCGCCGCCUCCCUCCUCUGUCGGGCUGUCCGGCUGCCGCAGUGCACAUGGGGUGUUGGAGGUAGAUGGGCUCCCGGCUCGGGAGGCGGCGGUGGAUGCGGCGCUGGGCAGAAGCAGCCGCUGAUUCCAGCUGCCGAGGGGCCACGCGCCCCGGGCGCCCUGCGAGCCCCGGGCUCAGCCAUGGGGAUCUCCGCGAGCAGCAGCACCGCCCCGGCCUCCUGCAGCCGCAUCGCCGGAGCCACGAUGAUCGCGGGCUGCCUUUUCCUGCUUGGAUUCCUCAGUACCACCAGGGCUCAGCCGGAACAGAAGGCCCCAAGUCUCAUUGGCAAAUACCACCAUGUCGACCGUGUCACCGGCCAGGUGCUUACCUGCGACAAGUGUCCGGCAGGAACCUAUGUGUCUGAGCACUGUACCAACACAAGCCUGCGUGUCUGUAGCAGCUGCCCCACGGGGACCUUUACCAGACACGAGAACGGCAUUGAGAAAUGCCACGAGUGUAGUCAGCCGUGCCCCCGGCCGAUGAUUGAGAAAUUACCUUGUGCUGCCUUGACUGACCGAGAAUGCACUUGCCCACCUGGCAUGUUCCAGUCAAAUGCUACCUGCGCCCCCCACACGGUGUGCCCUGUGGGUUGGGGGGUGCGGAAGAAGGGGACGGAGACGGAGGACGUGCGGUGUAAGCAGUGUGCUCGGGGGACCUUCUCUGAUGUGCCUUCCAGUGUGAUGAGAUGCAGAGCGUACACAGACUGUCUGAGUCAGAACCUGGUGGUGAUCAGGCUGGGGACCAAGGAGGCAGACAACGUCUGUGGCACGCUCCCGCCCCUCUCCAGCACCACCCCUCCUUCCCCUGGCACCAUCAGCCUUUCCCGCCCUGAGCACGUGGAACCCCACGAAGUCCCUUCCUCCACUUAUGUUCCCAAAGGCGUGAACUCAACAGAAUCCAACUCUUCUGCCUCUGUUAGACCAAAGGUGCCGAGUGGCAUCCAGGAAGGGACAGUCCCUGAGAACACAAGCUCAGCGAAGGGGGAGGAAGGUAUGAACAAGACCCUCCCAAACCUCCAGGUAGUCAACCACCAGCAAGGCCCCCACCACAGACACAUCCUGAAGCUGCUGCCGUCCAUGGAGGCCACUGGGGGCGAGAAGUCCAGCACGCCCAUCAAAGGCCUCAAGAGGGGCCAUCCCAGGCAGAACCCACACAAGCACUUUGACAUCAAUGAGCAUCUGCCUUGGAUGAUCGUGCUUUUCCUGCUGCUGGUGCUUGUGGUGAUAGUGGUGUGCAGUAUCCGGAAAAGCUCGAGGACGCUGAAGAAGGGGCCCCGGCAGGAUCCCAGCACCAUUGUGGAAAAGGCGGGGCUCAAGAAAUCCAUGACCCCCACCCAGAACCGGGAGAAGUGGGUCUACUACUGCAAUGGCCAUGGUAUUGACAUCCUGAAGCUUGUAGCAGCCCAAGUGGGAAGCCAGUGGAAGGAUAUCUAUCAGCUUCUGUGCAAUGCCAGCGAGAGGGAGGUGGCCGCUUUCUCCAACGGGUACACGGCGGACCACGAGCGGGCCUACGCAGCACUGCAGCACUGGACCAUCCGGGGCCCCGAGGCCAGCCUGGCCCAGUUAAUUAGCGCCCUGCGCCAGCACCGGCGCAACGAUGUCGUGGAGAAGAUCCGUGGCCUGAUGGAAGAUACAGCCCAGCUGGAAACUGACAAGCUGGCUCUCCCGAGGAGCCCCAGCCCGCUUAGCACGAGCCCGGUCGCCAGCCCCAACCCGAAACUUGAGAAUUCCACGCUUCUGACGGUGGAGCCCUCCCCGCUGGAUAAGAACAAGGGCUUCUUCGUGGACGAGUCCGAGCCCCUCCUUCGCUGCGACUCCACGUCCAGCGGCUCCUCGGCGCUGAGCAGGACCGGAUCCUUUAUAACCAAAGAAAAGAAGGACACAGUGCUGCGACAGGUGCGCCUGGACCCCUGCGACUUGCAGCCUAUUUUUGAUGACAUGCUCCACAUCCUGAAUCCCGAGGAGCUGCGGGUGAUUGAAGAGAUUCCUCAGGCCGAGGACAAGCUGGACCGGCUGUUUGAGAUCAUUGGAGUCAAGAGCCAGGAAGCCAGCCAGACCCUCCUGGACUCUGUUUAUAGCCAUCUUCCCGACCUGUUGUAGAACACGAGGAAUACUGCACUCUGGAAAUUACUCAAUUUAGUGGCAGGGUGGCGUUUUUAUUCUUUUUUUUUUUAAUUUUUGUUUUUUGGUGUGCGUGUGUGUGUGUGCGCGUGCGCGUGUGUGUGUUUAACAGAGUAUAUGGCCAGUGUUUUGAGUUCAUUCUUUCUUUUUAAAAACCCUCCUGGGAAGUUAGCAUAUAAGCCUUUUCAACUGUUUCAGAAUAUCCACCACUGAAGUUUUUUUAGGUUCCAUAUUUUCUCUGUCUUGCCUUCGUAUGUAUUCUCAAAAUUGUUCUGUGCACUUUAAAUUCACUUAAUGUAUCACAAAUACAGUGUGGCUUUUCCCACACACUGGAUUAUGAGGCUCUUAACUUCUUAAAAGUGUCAUAGCAUCUUGUGAAUGCUAUAAGCCGUCUUCAUGUCUCAACAUUCACAUCUGCUUUAUUAUUAUUAUUAUUAUUACUAUUUUAUUAUUUGCCAUUUAUGAAUUUUCUUAAGGGUUCAAGAAACGUAAGACCCCAUUGAGUUACUGUAACGCAAUUAGAUCUUGAAGUACCUUUUUAACAUGCCUCGUUGGGUAGUUCAUAUUUAUGGCUGAAACUUGACCACACUGUUGCUGAUUGUAUGGUCUUCACCUGGACACCGUGUUGAAUGCUUGAUUACGUGUGCUCCCCUUACGCUAUUCUGCUCUGGGCUGGAGACAUGAGAUCCUCACAAGCCAUCAUGACUUGCUAUUUGAGUGGCUUGACAACUGGGCCACCAAGGAACUUGAACUUCAACUUUUAGAGAUUGAGCUGUUCUGGAACAUAUUGCUGCACUUUGGAAAGUCACAAUUGAAGUGCUGGUGACAAAUGACACCUUUUCCAAAGGGAAUUUGUCCAGCUUUGCUUUACAAGAUGUCUUGUUUUUUAUACACACAUAGUCGAUAGGUCUGGUCUGCCCUCAGGGCCUCGGUCUUGGGGGGUUUCCUUCAUUCAAUCACUUUAGUUAAAAAUGGCUGCAGCUUUAAGAACUCUUGUCUGAUCUAUUUGCAACUCUGCUCCCAUUUAUACACGUGCUCUUUGAUGCUUAGUUGCUGAAUUCUAAUGCAAAGGUGGUGUGGACUCCCUUUGUGUGGGUGGGGUUUGUGGGUAGUGGUGAGGGACUGAUAUCAGAAAACUGCCUUCAAGUGUACUAAUUUAUUAAUAAAUAUUA